AGCUGAACAUCAAGAACCAUUCAACUAUGGCGACCAUGAUCACUGGGUGGUUGAUAUUGGCACUGCUAGCUCUGCUCUCGUUGUCUGCGUCGACGGUGGCGAGCUUGGAUGCUCCAUUCAUCGUGGCGCACAAGAAGACCGCCCUGAAUAGGCUCAAGUCCGGCGCCGAACGAAUCUCCGUCUUCAUGGACAUCUACAACCAAGGAUCUGCGACAGCUUAUGACGUCAGUCUUACUGAUGAUAGCUGGUCCCAAGAUUUAUUUGAAGUCAUCGCUGGUAACACUUCAAUGUCAUGGGAAAGGCUUGAUGUUGGCGCUCUUCUGUCGCACUCUUUUGAAUUGGAAUCCAAAGUAAAAACACAGUUUUAUGGUGCACCAGCAGUUAUCACAUUCCGCGUGCCCACAAAGGCUGCUCCACAGGAUGCCUACUCAACUCCAAUUCUCCCUCUCGACAUUCUAGCAGAAAGGCUUCCUGAAAAGAAGUUUGAUUGGGCUAAGAGAUUAUUGAUGAAAUUUGGACCCUUAAUAUCUGUGAUCUCCAUUGUGGUUCUGUUCGUAUACUUGGUUGCCAGCCCAUCUAAAUCCAGUGCUGCAAAGGGAAGCAAGAAGAAGCGAUAAUCAGCACUAGGUGCUUUUGCAAACAACCAAAACCUUCCAAUUUUGCUUUUGCUGGUCAAACAGCACUUCCCUGCUUAUUUGUUCCAUUUUGGACAUGUUGUUUGUAUAAACUUCUUAACAAAUAAUCGUUAGACGCAUGAGAUGAAGCCGCAUGCUUGUCUGCCCUGCUUAUCGGCUAUCUUUGAGCAGUAGCUGUUGACAUUGGAAUUUUUUUUCACAGAUUUAGGUUGCCUCCCAGAGAUCUAACAUUUGUGUGUAUGAUUUUUCAUCAUUACCUUCUGCUAGUUUUUGCAUUGCACUGAAAUGUUCUAUUGGCCAUUGGAGGGGGAGUCGCGGUGGG